CACAUCUUACACUCUCCACUCAUUGGUGGCUCUCUCUCUCUCUCUCUCCUCCGCCGCCGGGGUAAAUAUUUUCCUCAACCGCGUUCAGGAGUAUUCCCGCUAUAUAUUACCCGCUUUCCAUUUCGUCUUCCCUUAGCAGAUGCGUUUUGUUUUCCAUCUGGCUCUGUAAUUUCAGUUUUCCCUUUGCUUUUCUUGUUUUUUGUUUUACUUUCGUCCCUCUAAUUCGUGGCCCAAGAGAAGUUGUUGGGGAUAAUCUUUGAUUUGUUUUGAAGUGGUCCUCUAGAGAAUUUGGAAGAUUUGAUUUGAUUUUUGGGGGGUGGAAAAGAAAUGCGUUCGUCGACGGAGGAAGAGUUGUUCCUGCCAUCGACGCCGGGGAAGUUUAAGGAUAGAUCGCACGCAAUGCAUCGGCAGUUCCAUCGGUGUUUCGCCUCCACAAGCACGAUGUUCUUGUGGGCUCUGUUCUUGGUCGCCUUGACGGCGGCGUAUCUGAGUUUCCAAUCAUUUGUGGAUUCCGGCAGCCGGUACUUCUCCACCGCGUGGGGUGGGAUCCAGUGGGAGAAACAGGUCCGCUCCUCCGCCCAGAUCCACCGCCAGAAUGGAUUCUCUGUCCUCGUCACCGGCGCCGCUGGCUUCGUCGGAACGCACGUUUCCCUCGCGCUUAAAAAACGCGGAGACGGCGUCGUUGGAUUGGAUAACUUCAACAACUACUACGACCCUGUUCUGAAGAGGGCCCGCAGAGAUCUCCUCAGUUCCCACAAUGUAUUCAUCGUCGAGGGUGAUGUCAACGACGCGCGCAUGUUAGCGAAGCUUUUCGAGAUCGUGGCCUUCACCCAUGUGAUGCACCUGGCGGCGCAGGCGGGGGUGCGCUACGCCAUGGAGAAUCCACACUCUUAUGUGCACAGCAACAUCGCGGGUCUCGUCACGCUUCUUGAAGCAUGCAAGAACGCCGACCCGCAACCCGCUAUUGUCUGGGCCAGCUCCAGUUCCGUUUACGGGUUGAACGAGAAGACGCCGUUCUCCGAAUCGGAUCUAACAGAUCGACCCGCUUCCCUGUACGCCGCAACGAAGAAAGCCGGGGAAGAAAUUACCCAUACUUACAACCACAUUUACGGGUUAUCAAUAACCGGGUUGCGCUUCUUCACUGUUUACGGCCCAUGGGGCAGACCCGACAUGGCCUACUUUUCUUUCACCCGGAACAUCCUGCAAGGAAAACCCAUAACAAUAUACCGGGGCAAGAACCGGGUCGACUUGGCCCGUGACUUCACAUACAUAGACGACAUAGUGAAGGGCUGCGUGGCGUCACUGGACACGGCAAAGAAGAGUACCGGGUCGGGUGGGAAGAAACGGCGCCCGGCUCAGUAUCGGAUCUUCAAUUUGGGCAACACAUCGCCGGUGACGGUGCCGAUGAUGGUGGGUAUACUGGAGAAGCAACUGAAAGUGAAGGCGAGGAAGAAGAUGGUGGAAAUGCCAGGAAACGGCGACGUUCCGUUCACGCACGCUAAUAUAAGCUCGGCCCGGAGGGAAUUAGGGUACAAGCCCACAACCGAUUUGCAAACCGGGUUGAAAAAGUUUGUUAGGUGGUAUUUAUCUUAUUACGGCGACAAUCGCGCAAAAUCUGUAAAUUAAAUUGUAAUUUUCAAUUCUUUGAUUCUAAUACAUCCUUUUUUUUUUAAUAUAUAAAA